UAACAAAUGUGUAAAUUGUCGCUUGUGGUAUAAAUAGAAAAUUUGGUGAUCCAAUUAAUGUCGUACGCUAGCUAUUUUCGAUAUUCUUUUUCAAACUGUCCAACCAUAAACAUAACAAAACAAAAAAUUGAAAUUUGUGUUCCAAUAUAAUUUACUUUUGAAGACACUGAACAUAGAAAGCGAAAGAACAAAGUUGGAGGGUGCACUAUGGCAUUCUCAACACAGAAGGAGUUCUUCCAUGUACCGUUUAUGAACGAGUCCGUGGAAUAUGAGUGCCAAGAAGUGUGCGUUAAGCUCAAAAGCUAUCCCUCCACAUUCGAUGAUCGUGCCUGGGCAGCCGAUGAUGAGAAAAAGUCACGUUUUGUGUCUGAUUUAGUGAGCUGCAAUGCACCGCUAACCGCUGGACGACCAGGUGAUGGUGCUGGCGCCGGCGCCGGUAGAGGUGGUCGUGGUGGGCGGGGCCCUGAAGGGCGCACAUUGGGUGCAAAGGGAAAGAGACCGGGACAAGGACAAGGACAGGGAAAAGGAAAGGGACAGGGCGGACCUGAUGACAAUCUAAUGAUGGGUGACAGUCUUAUCCAUGCAGCGGAUGAAACACUGGGACGCGUUAAGGAACUCAUGGUGAAGAACAAUUUGCUGCAAAAGCAGCUAGACGAUUCCAAAGAUCGUUUGGUCACUGCCAAGGAGGAGAAUGCUGAAAUCAAGCGCAUUAUGAAUCAACGCUAUGAUCCAGAAAAGAGCAAAGCGCUUAAAAAGAAAAUCAAAGAGCUCGAAGAUGCCAAAAAAAUUGAUCCGCGUGAUGCGCAAGAGUUAAAUGCAUUGCAGCAAUCCAUUGAUGAUAUGAAUAAAGCACAUGAUAUACUUGAAGCGGAAAAUAGUCAACUUAAGCGCCUGGUGGAGAAGCAAUCGAAGCGCGUGCCCAUGGAAAGCAUCAAAAUAGAUCCCGAGAAGAGCAAUGAUGUAAAUUACUUGCAAAAUAAAAUAGAUAAUCUGGGCAAAGAGCUGGCGCUUUUGCGUCAGGCUGAGGAUGAGUGCAUGCGGCAAGCGCAAGCAGCAGGAGCAGAGCUGGGUCAACAAUUGGGUGACUCUGAUGUGGACAACAUAGCCAAAAUUUUGGCUGAACGAGAUUCACUGCGUCGCAAACUCAAGUCACUUGCCGCGCUGGAGGACAAGGUGAACAAGCUGCAGCAGAAGGCGGAUCAAGCCGAUUACACCUCGGGCGACUUGGCUCAGAAUCUCAAUGAACAGAAUCGUUAUAUUAACGAUAUGGAAAACGAAAUGCAAGACAUGCAAAAAUACUAUGAGAACGAAGUAGAGCAGACCAAAUACAAUGAGCAAGUACUCAAGUGUCGCUGCAAGGAGCUCAAGGAUCAGGUGGUUACCCUACAGCCAGCGGUGCAGCGCGUCGAGUGCCAGCAGUUGGAAAUUGAUGUAUUGCGUAACGAACUACGUAAGCGUGACAUUGCUCUCAAUGCAUACGAUUGUCAAUACCAACAGCUCAUGAGUGUCAUCUGCGAGCUCAACCAGAAAUAUGGCAAUCAGCGUGGCGAGUGUCCUGGCUUUGAUUGCAAUCAGGCAUGCCCCGAAAUUGGCGAUGAUUUGGCCUUCUAUACGGGUUGCACGCUCGAGCAUAUUAUGACUGAAAUGGGCAAACAGUCGGAAUGCUUCAAGAAGAUGAGCCAGGAUAAGUAUCCUGGUGGGCGCAAUAUCAAUUCCCUUGAUGACUGCGUGUGCGAAAUGGAUCGCAUGACGGAUAUGCUAAAGCAGAAGGAUGCUCAACUGGGCGAGCUAAUGGAUGAAAACGAAUGCAUGUGCGAGGCUGCCAUUGAGAACAAUAAGCGACUGAAUCAAUUGGAUGAGAAAGUACGCCAACUUGAUAAGGACACCAAGGAUAUGGAGGAUGGCAUGCGUGAAAGCAUUGGCCUAAUAAAUGAUAUCGGUGAUGUGGCAAGGGAAAACGAAAGAUUAAAGGACCGUGUGGGCGACUUAAAAGAUGGAGAGCUACAAAAACUGUUGGACGAUUUGAAAAAGCAGCUACAAGAUUGCACGGAAAAGAAACAGCUUUGCGAGGAAAUCAACUCUGGGCUGAAAGUCGCAUUAAGAGAUCUAGGAGGAGAUCCUGAUGCAAUUGAAAACGCGAUAAAGAAAAAGGCGGAGGAGAGAAAGCGAGCUGAAGAAGCUGGCAAGUCGGGAGCUGGUAGUAGACCUGGCGAACAAAUUUCUGGCGAGCCUGGUAGCAGACCGGGUGAGCCCGGCAGUGGUCCAGGUGGAGUAGGAGCACCCGGCACGGUACCUGGAAGUAGACCUGGAGAAGAAGAAGAGGUUGUAAUCGGACCAGACGGGAAGCCCGUUCUCGGACCAGACGGUAAGCCUCUUACUAGAAAGGCCGGAGAACCUGGCACACAGCCUGGAAGUAGACCUGGAGAGAAAGCUGGAGAGCCCGGUAGCCAGCCUGGUGGGCCCGGUAGCCAGCCUGGAGGGCCCGAUAGCCAGCCUGGAGGACCCGGUAGCCAACCUGGAGGGCCCGGUAGCCAGCCUGGAGGGCCUGGUAGUCAGCCUGGAGGGCCCGGUAGCCAGCCUGGAGGGCCUGGUAGUCAGCCUGGAGGGCCGGGCACUGUACCUGGUAGUAGACCUGGGGAAGAAGAGAUUGUAAUCGGACCAGACGGGAAGCCCGUUCUCGGACCAGACGGUAAGCCUCUUACUAAAAAGGCCGGAGAACCUGGCACACAGCCUGGAAGUAAACCUGGCGAGAAAGCUGGAGAACCCGGCUCUCCUGGUAGCAAGCCCGGAGAGAAAGGUGGACAGCCCGGCGCUGCUCCUGGCAGUAAACCCGGAGAGAAAGCAGGACAGCCCGGCACCCAAUCCGGUAGUAAACCCGGAGAAGAAGAAGACGAGAUUGUUAUCGGCCCUGACGGUAAGCCUGUUCUCGGGCCAGACGGUAAGCCUCUUACUAAAAAGGGAGGAUCAGGUGCUGGUGCAGAUGGCAAAGGUGGUGAAGGCGACGGCGGCGGAAAGGCUGGUGGAAAAGGAGGUGCGGCAGCCGCAGCUGCGCGUAAAAAACAACAGCAGGCUGGUAAAAAGGGUGGCAAAUCAGCUGAUGAGCCUACUGAGGGUCAAUUUGACGCGUUUGUGAAAAAUACUGUGAAAACAUUAGCGGCUGGCGAAAUUGAUGGUGCUGGCUUGGAAAGAGAGUUACGCAAAAUACUCGAUAUGUUCAUAGACGAGUGUGGGUUCUGCUUUUGCAAGUGUAACAUUCCCAAGAGUCGCUUCUAUGCCAUUUGCCAUAAGCUCUAUCAUCAUGGCCUACACACUCUGGACUUUAAGGAUCUGGCGUAUAUGCAUAAGCGUAUUUUUGCUGCGGCUGAGAACAUUCUACCCGGCUGCCUGUUCAAUAUGAUUAUGAAGGACAUGAUGGCUUGCAACCCACGUGCCCUAGCUAUGGAACCCACUUGCAAUUCAAACACCAAAGCCUCUGGUGGCGACCAACAAUGCUGCACUUGCAAGAGUGCGCUGUGCUGCGAUGAUAGCGAGGAGAAGCUGAUGAUGAAAGUUAUGCGCUUGGAGAAGGACAUAGAGAACGCAAAGCAUUGCUUGAAAAAUCUCAAAAGCAUUCCAUCCAAUCUUUCUAUCCGGGGCUAUCGCAUGGAUGCUGGUGACUGCCACGCCGAAGAACGUAUACUGCGUCUCUCGGCUAGUGGAAACGUUCAUGGCACCAAUAGUAGCUUUAAGAAGAUCCGUCGCAUGCAGCAUGUGGGCUUUGCUACCGACAACUAGAUAUUGUUUUGUUUCUUGU